CGGUAAACAAGAAAUGUGAAUGACUGUCCAAAGAUUGAACCCGGGCAACCUAAGUUGAGAAUGUAGACUACUGUGCUAUCAGUCAGUUUAACAUAUAAAUGGUGUUAGUUUCUAAUUGUGGAAAAAGACAAUCGAAGACAAUGUGGAUAGAUACACAAAGAACUGCAAAUCUACAUAUAGAUACACAAAGUACUGUAGUGAAAAGGAUUGUACGGACUCUGCGGCUCGUACCAUAAUGCUAAAUACAUUGUUUACUUAAACAUACUAACCCUAACCUCAUCUUUCUCCACAUCACCUCUCCUUACAGAACAUUGAAACAUAAAACAAAGUUUGGUUUACUGAACAGAAGGAUGCAAUCCAGUGAGUUGUGGGGAUGUUGAUCCUCGGACCCAUCGCAAGUUUUGCAUCGAGACUUGAACGCAAGGAGUCCAUUAUGGCUCCAGCCAGGGAUGCCAAUGUGGUGAAGCUGGCGGUGGAGAUGCGGACAUUGGACACCAAACCCAUCCCAUACCUCGGCGAGUUUAGCCUCCAGCAGCCACUUGCUGCGUUUAUUGUGGAACUGUGUACGCACUGGAAGGUUGAUAACCCAGAGUUCUACGCCCUGCAGUACACCGAGCCAACUUGCCAUUACGUCACUGAGAAAAACAGAGGAAGGAUAAAGGAUGGCACUGUACUGCAUCUGGUGUACUCCGCUGCCCGAACUGCUGACGACAUCCUGCAGAAGCUGAAGAAGGGGCCCCAACAGGAUGACAAAAAGGAAGCCCUUGAGAGUCUGGUCAAAAGGAGCUCGGAUAUCACCUUUGCACACGAAUUCAUCGCCAAGCAGGGGAUCAGUCUGCUCAUCUCGUGCAUGGAGAUGCAGAAGAACGACUCGCCACUUCUGCCCAAUAUUCUGCUGUCAUUCCUGGAGCUGAUGGACCACGGCAUCAUGCCUUGGGACGACCUCCAGCCCACCUUCAUUGGCAAGAUGGUGUCGUACAUCAACGUGCAGGGAACGCUGGACACGCGCACGCUCUCCACCUCCCUCACCAUCCUUGAGAACAUCAUGCUCAACAGCCAAGCCAACUUUACGACAGUGCAGAGUCAGAUCGCACUGCCCAAGCUCCUUCACCACAUCUCCAACAACAAGAAAGUGGAAAUCCAGCAAUCGGUGCUAGCGGUGAUCAACGCACUCCUCCAGAAGAGCGAUCCCCAGAAGAGGAAGCAGUACGCAACGACAAUGUCCAGCCGUCAGUACCGCACUGUCCUCAUCAACAAUGUUCUCAUACAUACAGAGAGUGGCAACAUCGGAGCAGACAUGGCGCACCAGCUCUACAUGCUGCAGCAACUUCUGCUCAACCAGUACGAGGAACGUAUGACCACCAGCAUGGAUGCCAACGACCAGGACGCCACUGAUAAGAUUAAGGAGCUGCGACGCAUCGCCUUUGAAUCUGACGGUGAUACCAACAGAGAUGUCACGACACGUCGUCCCGAGUAUAAGAAAGAAUACAAGAAGCUUGGAUUCCGCAAUGAUAUUAAUCCCGCUCAGGACUUUAUGGAUAUUCCACCUGGGAUGCUGGCCCUGGACAACAUGGUGUUCUUCGCACGUAAUCAUUCUGACCAGUACGCUAAGCUGGUGCUGGAGAACUGCUAUCGAGCGGACUCACAUGAGUGUCCAUUUGGUCGUGCCAGUAUUGAGCUGACCAAACUCCUGUGUGAGAUCCUUCAGAUUGGGGAUGUGCCAACCGAACAGGGCCAGACCUUCCAUCCGAUGUUCUUCUCACACGACCAUGCCUUCGAGGAGCUCUUCUCCAUCUGCAUCGUUCUCCUCAACAAGACGUGGAAGGAGAUGAAGGCCACCACGGAAGAUUUCAGCAAGGUGCUGAGUGUGGUACGAGACCAGAUCACCCGCACCAUGAACCACCAGCCGUCCACCCUCGACAACUUCCGCACCAAGAUCAACAAUCUGACGUAUGCUGAGAUUGCCGAGAUCUGGCAGCAGGAGAGAAUCAACAAUGAGGAGCAGGAGAUGCAAGCUCCGCCCAUCAAAGAAUUGCGGAGACAGUUAGAGCCGGAGAUCUUGGAGCUAAUCCAGCAGCACCGCCUCAGAUUCCUGGUGGAGGGGACUCGGUUCAAGUCUGCCCGUGGUGUGAGAGCCAAGGACAAAUUUCGGUACUGCCGACUGUCUCCUAACCACAAGUUCUUCCACUAUGAUGACUGCGACGAGAAGGCCGUGCCGUCGAUAGAUGAACUGGGCAAGAAAAUCAGCAUCGUGGAUAUAAAGAGCAUUGUAACUGGCAAGGAAUGUCCUCACAUGAAGGAUAAAACUGGCAAGAAGAACGCAUACCAGCUGGCAUUCUCCCUCAUUUUGGAAAGUAACAACGUCAACGAGACCAAUAGUGUUGACUUCGUUGCUCCUGACGAGAUGGUCUUCAACUACUGGGUGGAUGGUGUCAAUGCACUUUUACGUCAGCGGAUGCCGAGUUUGGCAACGAGUCGUGAUCUGGAGAUGCUGCUGAAUAUGGAGAUUAAGCUGAGACUCCUUGAUGCGGAAGGGGUCACGAUACCCCAGCAGCAGCCUGUGAUACCUCCACCACCACCUAACUAUAACUUCUGUUACCAGCUUCCCUGAGGGCUGGGGACAUGAUACCCGCUUCCCUGAGGGCUGGAGACAUGUUACCCGCUUUCCUGAGGGCUGGGGACAUGUUACCAGCUUCCCUGAGGGCUGGGGACAUGUUACCCGCUUCCCUGAGGGCUGGGGACAUGUUACCCGCUUUCCUGAGGGCUGGGGACAUGUUACCAGCUUCCCUGAGGGCUGGGGACAUGUUACCAGCUUCCCUGAGGGCUCGGGACAUGUUACCAGCUUCCCUGAGGGCUGGGGACAUGUUACCAGCUUCCCUGAGGGCUGGGGACAUGUUACCAGCUUCCCUGAGGGCUGGGGACAUGUUACCAGCUUCCCUGAGGGCUGGGGACAUGUUACCAGCUUCCCUGAGGGCUGGGGACAUGUUACCAGCUUCCCUGAGGGCUAGAUACAUGUUACCAGCUUCCCUGAGGGCUAGAUACAUGUUACCAGCUUCCCUGAGGGCUAGAUACAUGUUACCAGCUCCCCUGAGGGCUGCCUGGAUAAGUGUUACCAGCUCCCAUGAGGGGUUGGAUAUGUGUGUGUUGUUGGUGCCAAGCAUCUCAAGGAUAAAAUAACAUAUGUACAAGAAUGAUAUAAUUAAUUUAUUAGUGUGUGUGUGUACCUGUGUGUACCCACAUUGUGAGCGGUGGUGAGGUUACAGCUGGCAUAUACCGGGCUCAUGACCUGACCUUCAAUGUUCUAUUGGCCGAGCAAAUUUCAUUUGUGGUGAACUGGUUCAAUUUUUAAUUUGCCUCAAAUUUGUGGUAAAAUUUGAAGGGUAAUGAGGAAAUCACAGUACAGUACUGUAGUUAAUGAAGAAACUUGCUACACUUCUGUUUUGUGUGAACGAACGUGAAGGACAGCAACCCAUUCUCACGAAUAGUACAUCGCAUUUUGAUGUAUAAAUUUGGAGUACAUCGCAUUUUGACGUAUAAAUUUGGAGUACAUCGCAUUUUGACGUAUAUAUUCGGAGUACAUCGCAUUUUGACAUAUAUUCGGAGUACAUCACAUUUUGACAUAUAAAUUUGGAGUACAUCGCAUUUUGACGUAUAAAUCCGGAGUACAUCGCAUUUUGACGUAUAUAUUUGGAGUACAUCGCAUUUUGACGUAUAAAUCCGGAGUACAUCGCAUUUUGACGUAUAUAUUCGGAGUACAUCACAUUAUGACGUAUAAAUCCGGAGUACAUCGCAUUUUGUCGUAUAUAUUCGGAGUACAUCGCAUUUUGACGUAUAUAUUCGGAGUACAUCGCAUUUUGACGUAUAUAUUCGGAGUACAUCGCAUUUUGACGUAUAAAUCCGGAGGUCAAAAACUGAUGUUCGUAUUAACAAUCAUAGCAGCUUGCAAAAUUGACAUGAUGGCCCAUUUUCUAUUCAUAGGUCCUUGGUUGGGUUGGUUUCUGGCAAUUCAGUACAUCACUUUAGUGAGGUUGUGAACACUCGAAAAGUCGGGCUGAGGAAAGACCCAAUUAGUAUAUGUAAAUAUAAUAUUAAACCAAAUUUUGGGAUGAAACCUACAUCGUUUAUCAAGAUACUGUUUAACAUUGCCCGAAAUGCUUUGCAUAUUAGUGGCAUCAUAAUUAUGUGUAACUCCUAUACCCAAAAUUGUACAUUACCCUUAUGUUCUUUUGUACACACAUUCUUUUGAAUCUAAACUCUAAUUUGAACAUGAAUUGUUCAACAACAUCUUGAUAAUGGAUGAAGGUUUCAUCGGAAAAUUUGGUUUAACGUAGGGAGCCGGUCGGCCGAGCGGACAGCACGCAGGACUUGUGAUCCUGUGGUCCUGGGUUUGAUCCCAGGCGCCGGCGAGAAACAGUGGACAGAGUUUCUUUCACCCUAUGCCCCUGUUAUCUAGC